UGUUUUACCACCCCGCUGGCACCGGGCGAGGUCUGCUAGUCGCAGGAAGGUUGCUGGAAGACCCGGUGAGCUAGCUGGUAGCGCGCGGACACCCAUUCGCCCACGGGACCACAUUUCAAGAAACAAGAGACCAAGAUAAUCCGCCAAGAUGUGUUGCGGCAAUACCUGCACCAAGUACUUGAUGUUCAUAUUCAAUUUCGUGUUUGCGCUCGCCGGCAUCGCGCUGCUGGUGGUGGGCGCCUUGACGCAGGCGCAGAUCUCCGAGGUGAACCAGUUCCUGGACGGCAAGUUCUCCGGGCCGCCCAUCGUGCUCAUCGUGCUGGGGUCCGUCAUCUUCGUGGUGGCCUUCCUCGGCUGCUGCGGCGCCGUGCGCGAGAGCACCUGCAUGCUGACCACGUUUGCCGUUUUUCUCAUCCUGUUCUUGGUGAUUGGAGUCGUGAUUGGGAUCCUCGCGUUCGUGUUCAAAAAUCAAAUCAAAGAUGAGCUGGCUGCCGAGCUGAGAUCAGCAGUUGAUCAGUAUAACUCCAACCAAGCUAUAAGAGAAAGCGUGGACAGCAUGCAGAAAGCGGUAAGUAUUGACACAAAAAAAAAAAAGAAUCGUGAGCGUCAUGAACUUCGGGGAACUUCGGGUGUGGCUCUCUCGUCUGUGAAAUGAAGGCUUCCCGUAAGCGUGAUGUCACUAGCUCCGGCGCCGUGCUGUGCGGGCUCGCCAUCGGCGUGGCCGUCGUCAUGGUGAGAACCCGGGGGGGGGGGGGAAGGGGGGGGGGGGCCUCCGCUUCGUGGACCACCCCCGCCCCGUCCGCGGGGCGCUAGGGCUUCUGAAACCAGAACCACGCCGUCAGUGGUCCGUCACGCCGGAUGUGUGUCUGUUUACUAUGUAACCUCUCGUGUCUAACACGAGGGGCACAAGGGAUCAGGGGCGUAGGAACCGGGUUGAUGGGGGGGGGACAGGGGGGAAGUGUCCUCCUGAACUUUUUGGGUGGAGGGGACUGUCCCCCCCCCCCCAACUUUCUAGACCGUGAUAUUAUUAUUUUAUAAUAUUAUUCUGCCCAUCUUUAUUUGUAAUUUAUUCACUCAUCAAAUUUUAUCUUAAGGAAACAAUAAUAAUUUUAACAUCGAUGUAUCCGAUGGUUAGAUACCAAAACUGCUUAAAAAAAACCGCUAUUUUGCACUUUUAAAAUCAAAAUUUUCCGGUGGAGGACCACCGGUAAGAGGGGAAUGGGUUUACAUGACAUCAAAAUCAUUAUUUGUCCCCCCCCCCCAACUUUAUGAACACAGCUACGUCAAUGCGAGGGAUGAAAUGGAAAACAGAGGUGUGUGCAAUGUGUUAGACGUUCAUUCAUCCGGAAACACAUACCCUUAAUGACACCAGAUUAAAUACAGAAUAUUAUAACAAAGUACAUUUGAUUUCAGAGCCUUGGCUCGUAAUAACAUAAGUCUAAAUUAACUGCGAACAAACAAAAAAACAAAAAAAACAAA